UUUCUUCUCUCUCAAAACCGAUCCUGAAAUUCAUUUCUUCCGCCAUGAAAACACUGCUGAAUUAGGAAUGCAUGUUUUGUAGAAGAGGGAGUGGAUUAUUGGAAUAGCGAAACAAAGGAGGUGUUUGAGGGUUUGAUUGUUUAAACCUUUGUUUUGUAUUUGGCAGCAUAGCCUGCCUAUAUCAAAAUGGGAAAAUCGGGCGAAACCAGUGGUACAAAACGCAAUUCUAAACAAGAGACUGCAGAGGAAGCUAAUGAGCGUCCUGAAUGGUUGCCUGAUGGCUGGAAUAUUGAAGUCCGAACCCGAAAAAGUGGUCCGGCUGUGGGAUCUGCAUAUAAGUGCUACGUUGAUCCAUUGAAUAUACAUAAAUUCUACUCCAAACCUGAGGUACUGCGACAUCUUGAAACUACAAAGGACAGCAACGGCUCUUCCAAGAAGAAGAAAGGCAAUGACAAGCAUUCUACAAGCAAGGAGGAGGAGAAAUGUAUUGACAAACAUUCUACAAACAAAAAGAAGCAGAAGCGCACUAACAGUAACCAACAUUCUUUAAGUAAAGAGGAAGAGAAAUUCACUAGCAUACGCUCUCCAAACAAUACUGCAGAGAAAGCUAAUGAACGUCCUGAAUGGUUGCCUGAUGGAUGGGAUAUUCAAGUUCAAACCCGAAAAAGUGGUCCGGCUAAGGGAUCUACAUAUAAGUGCUUCAUUGAUCCAUUGAAUACGCAUAAAUUCUACUCCAAACCCGAGGUACUACGACAUCUUGAAACUACAAAGGCCAGGAGCUGCUCUUCAAAGAAGAAGAAAGGCACUAGCAAGCAUUCUCCAAGCAAGGAGGAGGAGAAAUGCACUGACAAACAUUCUCCAAACAAGGAGGAGAAAUGCAUUGACAAGCAUUCUCUAAACAAAGAGAAGCAGAAACGCACUAACAAUAACCAACAUUCUCCAAGUGAAGAGGAAGAGAAAUGUAUUGACAUGCAUUCUCCAAGCAAGGAGGAAGAAGAAUACAUCAACAUGGAUUCUGGAAGCAAGGACGGAGAGAAAUUCACUAGCAUGCACUCUCCAAACAAUGUUGCGGGCGAGCAGUCCGUUGAAGAGGAUCUACCCCCUGGAUGGAUUAAAGAAGCAAAGAUUAGGAAGAACAGAAAUGGCAUAAGGAAAGAUUGGUUAUAUAUUGAUCCAGUGAGUGGAUAUGUUUUCUAUUCGAAGAAGGAUGUACUGCGUUAUAUUGAAUCUGGAGAUAUAGACAAAUGUGCUAUUAAACCAAGUAGAAGACAAAGUCAAGAUGAAGACAACUCAACUCCAACACCUGCUGCCAAAAGACAGAAACCCAAGCAGUCUACACCAAGGCAGAAGAUUUCUGCCGUCAAAGAACCAGCGGAAAGCUUAGAAUUGCCUGAUGUUAACAACUUAAUGAAAGGGCAAGAUGUGAAUGUGCCAUCUGGAACGACGGUUGCUCCUGAUACCUCAGGUGAAUCCUUGAAAGUCGGCCAUCGGGGUUCACGGCGACUGGCUGGGGCUGAUCCUGUUAAGUUGGCUGACAAUGUGAUCAAUAAUCAGACUCCUAUAGUUUCAAAAAGAAACUUAAGAAAAAACAGAACCACUCUAGCUGCUGACAUGGAAAAUAAAUCAUCUCAGCAUCUCAACGGUGUCCCAGAAAUUGAGCAACCAAAGGCAAUGAACUCGAGAACCACUCUUUCUGAAGAUAAUAAGCCUGAAUCUCGGACCAACUCAAACAAAUUUAGUAAGAAGAAAGAGCCCCACAUUCCUUGUCGGGCUUCAAAACGAUUGGCUGGAUCUGAAAGCAAAAGGUCUAAAGAAGUCACAGCUGAAUUGCAGCAAGGUGAGGGUGGGCCAGAUCAUGCACCAUUAAAUGGAGAGUCACGAAAUAAAAGAAGAAAAUCUCCUUUAGUCCUACCUGAUGCAGACAAUCAACUGGAAACACUUGAAGUGGAUGACGAGAAAUCAGAACCUCAGCUGUCCUUUGCAUUCCACUACUCUUGGUCUGAUCCAUGCUUGGAUUAUGCAAUCAAUACCCUCACGGGUGUGUUACCACCAGUUGAUAAUUCUGUUGAUAAUGGACCCGUGGUACCACCAGUUGAUAAUUCUGUUGAUAAUGGACCGUCUGCAGCCCCUGAAACUGAUAUUCAAAAACCUACGUUUGACACUGGCACGGGAAGAAGCAAGGACAGUCAAAACAAUUCAGUUGAUAAUGGAUCCACUACAGUACAUGAAACUGAUAUUCAAAAUCAAAACAAUUCAGUUGACAAUGGACCCACUACUGUACAUGAAACUGAUAUUCAAAAUCAAAACAAUUCAGUUGAUAAUGGACCUAAUACUGUACAUGAAACUGAUACUCAAAAAACAUUGAUUGACAACGUUACCGGAGGAAGCAAGGAUAGUCAAAGCAAUAAUGUUACAAGAAGCAGGGACAAAAAUGCAUCAGUGCAGUCAAACAAAUCCAAAAGAAAGAAAGAGGUCAAAGUCCCCCCUAUGCGGUUGUCAAAGCGACUUGCUGGCAUUGAACCCGAGGCCAAACCUUCUGAUAAAGCUCUUGAAUAUUCAAGUAAAAAAUCAAGCAAAGAAGAAUCCGCUGCAACUGUACUUUUAACUAAUGGAGCAUCAGACCAUCUCCAUGCUGGGGAAGAAGCCAAGCUUACUCGUCAUGCGUCUGACAGUUUGAAAACAGAAAUGCUAGAAAAAUCAUCAAGAAAGAGCGGUAAAUCAUCUGAUGACCAAACUGUUCACAAGGAACAACAAUUGGAGAAAGCUGAAGCUGAAAAUAUUAGUGAUGAUAGAUCAAAGCCAGAGCCCACCUUGGCGUUCAGUGAAUCUUGGUCAGACCCAUGCCUAGAAUUUGCAUUCAAGACUCUUACUGGUGCUUUGCCUGAUGAUUCUGCCGCAGAGAUUUUUAAAGUACCGUCUCCUGUUGGUGGUGACCCGCAAAAUAAUGAGUUGCAUGGGAGAGUAACAACCAGCAUUAAUGGAAAAACUCAUGACAAUCCAAACCCAUCCCCAACCAAGAAAGAGCAUAAUAUGGCUGGCCAGUCUUCAAAGCCACUGCUCGGGCAACCAGAGUUGAUGACUAGCUCCACAUCUGUCAAAAAUAUGGAUGGAGAGUCUUCAGAGCUUCUGCCUAGGCAACCUGAGUUGAGGACUAGCUCCACAUCUGACAAAAAUGUGCCUAAGUUUACCAACGGAGAAUUUCAGAGUCAUGAAGGCAACAUAAUAAGGAAUUUGGAACCUGUGUUGAUGACUAGCUCCACAUCUACCACUGGAGAAUCUCAUAGUUAUGAAAGUGAAAUGAUAAGAAAUUUGUUCGGAGAACCUCCGUUUGUUGAAGCUGAAAACACGACCCAACUUCUGGAUCAUUCUAGAACCAAUGCAUACUUGCAAAUACAAGAAGAGCCAUUAAAGAAAAAUGACCAGGUUGCUGAGCCAUUAAAGAAAAAUGACCAGGUGGCUGAGGGUGAAUUUGGUACAUUGGAUCAACCACCGGGUUUUGAAACUGAGCCAUCAAAGAAAAAUGACCAGGUGGCUGAGGGUGAAUUUGGUACAUUGGAUCAACCACCGGGUUUUGAAACUGAGCCAUUAAAGAAAAAUGACCAGGUGGCUGAGGGUGAAUUUGGUACAUUGGAUAAACCACCGGGUUUUGAAACUCAAACCUUAAACCAUAACAGUACUGAAUUACAGUUCUGCGAGUCUUUUAUGAAUACUUGGUCAGACCCAUGCCUAGAAUUUGCAUUUAAGACCCUUACAGGUGUGCUUCCAGUAGAAGAAAAUUUAGGAACUCAAGGAGGUAACCAGGAACCUUCCAACUGUCAUACUGGAAGAGACGGUAUAUCAGCGAUGCCAGAUUUUGGAUCUUCCAGUUUUUCACAAAGUGACUUCUCAUUUCACUUUGAUACAGGAGUUAAGUCCACGCCAGGGCAACCAGGGCAGCUAUCAUCAGUGAGCUCUUCAUUCCCAUCUCCGAGCAUGCAAAGUUGUCCCGGAGUUGAUCCACAACAACAAUAUUCCCAGUUCAAUAAUAAUUUUCAGAGAAGAUAAACUCUUAUUUUUGUUGCUGGUUUCGGGAUAUAAUCUCUGACUGUACUUUAAUAGGUUACCAAAUCCUUUUGUUGUAAACUAUGUUAUCCUUUACUGUGUUAUCUAACAACUGUAGUGUUAUGCAUGUAUAUCCAAUGUUAUUAUAUGGUUCAAGGUAGUAUUAUCCUCACAUGGAGGUGAUGUUAUGAAAGAAGCUUCAGGCCAUGCUUUCCAGAAAUGACUAUAUCAA